UCGACUUGUUGGUGGACUAUUUAGGACCACUGCGCUCCGCUACUUGUGUAGUCGUACACUUUCUGCACUUCUGAUGCAUCAUCUGCUGCCUGGUCAACCUGCUCCCCACUUCGCAGGAAAGGCCUUAGUCAAUGGGGAGAUCAAGGAAAUAUCACUGUGCGAUUUCAAAGGGAAAUAUGUUGUGCUCGUAUUCUAUCCCCUCAACUUUUCCUUGGUAUGCCCAACGGAAGUGAGAGCAUUCAAUGAUGAAAUGGACAAAUUCAGCUCAAGGGACGCCGUCGUGAUAACAUGUUCGGUGGACUCCGUUUAUGCUCACGAGCGAUGGACUAAAAUGGAUCGAAAAGAGGGUGGACUGGGUCACAUGAAGAUUCCUAUGUUGUCCGACAUAACUCACGCUAUUUCUCGGGCUUACGGUGUACUGGAUGAGAAGCAAGGAUUUGCCUACCGCGGGACGUUUCUGAUCGAUCCGGAUGGUAUUAUCCGACAGAUCACUAUUAACGACAUUCCGAUUGGGCGUUCUGUGGAAGAAUGCAUGCGCCUGUUGGAUGCGGUCAUUUACCACAAGAAACAUGGCAAUAUCUGCCCGGCCAACUGGAAAUCCGACAAUAACAAGUGAAGCAACACGUCGUGGGCUCACAGCAAUAUUUUUUCUUUUCUACUUAACGCGAUCUUCAUGAGAGACAUGCAGUGAUUUCUUGAAUUCUGAGGCAAAUAUACCGACUUUACUCU